CUCACUCUCUCACCCACAGUGGACGGAGCCAUUGCAAGACUAGGACAAGAGGCUGCAGCCAAUGCACGAUGGAUUGUUAACUUUACCAAACCUUGUCCAACGUGCAGUUCCCCCAUACAGAAGAACGAUGGUUGUAAUCACAUAACUUGUAAAAAGUGUGCGUAUGACUUCUGCUGGGUAUGUAUGGACCCCUGGCACCUCCACAGCUACAAGACCGGCGGCUACUUCACGUGUAACAGGUUCAAGGAGCAGCAGGCAGCCAGAGAGAAGGUGGAGAAGGCAAGGAGGGGGAUGAUGGAGGACUACACAAAGGCAGCCAAGGAAGAAGAGACCGGGAAAAGACAGAGAUUUGAACACUACUUCAGUCGAUACAGCAACCAUCUCAACAGCCUCGAGAUGGAGUUGAAUCUGCUGCAAAAGUCGCAGAGGAAGACGACAGAGCUGGCGAUGCUGGGGCGGGUUCUAGAGAAGAAAGUGGCGGCCACGAGAAAGAAAGUGGGCAAAGAAACGGAGACUGGUUCCAUUCUCGACGACGACACUCACGAAGCCACAGCAACAGCAGCGGUUCCCGUGGCAACAGAGGAGGGAAACUUUCUCGAUGAUGUAAUUCGUGUCCUGCUGAACGCUCGGAGGGUGUUAUCGGCAUCAUACUGCAUUGGAUACUUUCUACCACCGGAGAGCAUGGACCUUAAUGGAGCACAUGAAACUCUACAGGGAAAGUUGGAGGAGGUGGUGGAGAUGCUGUCGCAGGUGGUCAACCGCCCGUACCUGCGGACGCCGCAGGAUCAGCUGCAGGAGAUAGCGAGGAACGUGGACCAUGUCUGUGAGGAGUACCUCCACGAGAUGAAGGAGGUGGCCAGGGCUGCCGCUCACCACUCUCUCGUCAUCUUCCAGAAAAAGAAAGAGGACCCUCCUCGUCCCAUGAACCCAGAACCUCCUCCAAAUACAACAGUGUUCAGUGUGCAUCGUAACCGGAGACCCACUCCUCAUCCUGGCAGAAGACGACCACGCCUUAUCGUAGACUCUCUGGAACUAUACUGACUGCAAAAUAGUCUUCCAUCUUCAAUGCCCAAGGCCUUUCACCACCCACCAACUGAACAGAGGAGAUUGUAUAGGACCAGUCUCUUUGUGUGAUUGUUAUGCUCACAUGAUCUCAAAUUUUUGUACUGAUUUUUUAUUUUAUGUUUAUGUGUUCUCAAUGUCUUUUGAACAGUGGUUGGUGGUUGAUGUGGCUUAUAGAAAGCGCAAUAGCGGUAAUUACUAGUGUGGCAAUGUGAGGUUCAACUCAACAACAACUAAACAUUAAUACCGGAAUCGUUGGAAACAGGACCUUUAUUUAUAGGACGGUUGUCCUCUCUUGAACGUAGUCAGAAAAUAAUAUUAACGUUUGUGACCUCAAAUUGUGUUGUAGUGAGAGGGUUAUUCUGUUGUGUCCUUAAUACUUGGAGUGUCCUUUAUCGGAGGUUCUAUAUACCGUAUGCUGCUCUAACACACACACACACACAUCAUGUAGGGAAGAACUAGAAUUUGAUCCAGAUCUCCUGGACGUAGAGCUGCAGUUAUUGCUGGAGUAUUUGCGAGAGAGAGGACUGAAUAUUUCGACAUCAUAGAUGGAAAAAUUGAUGGUAGUAGUGUAUUGAUAUCUGUGUGUGUGUGUGUGUGU